CGAGCCGUCUGAAUAUAUUAUACAUAGCUAGCAUACAUAGAAGGAAAAAAAAAAUAGACCCUGCUAAAGCUGCUGUCUGUUCUUUAGCACAAAACCCUCAGAAUUCUUCAGGACCCUGUUCCACUGAGCACAACACAGAUUCUUUCUUUCUUUCUCUCUCUCUUGAGCUGAGAUGUGUCUACCAUAUAAACCCCACCACAUGCUUCCAUAAACCCCACAACACUUCAAUAAAUAUUACUAAUAGCAAAAUUCUCUGUCCUUCUUCUUCUUCUCAGUUGUAAAAACAAAACAGAGCUACAACUACAACAACAAAAAAUGCCUUCUGAUGUGAGUGACCGAAGAGCAACCAAACAACAGCAAGGAGGUGCACCGGCUCCGGAGCCGGAGCAUCUUCCUUGCCCACGUUGUGAUUCCACCAACACAAAAUUUUGUUACUAUAACAAUUACAAUUUCUCUCAGCCACGUCAUUUCUGCAAAUCGUGCCGCCGUUAUUGGACGCACGGCGGCACUCUUCGUGACAUCCCUAUUGGUGGUGGAAGUCGUAAAAAUGCGAAACGGUCCCGUACAAUCACUACGAACUCCAUUAACAGUAGCUGUUUGUCCUCCACGCUCUCUCCUCGCGACUACCAUCACGCGCCCAACCCGUCACAUGUUUCUCCUUUUUUGGUUCCUCUAACUGCUGAUCAUGGGGGUUCACUACCAUUUGACGUGAAGCCGAGUGUGAACAUGUGUGGGAGUUUCACUUCGUUGUUGAGCAGUGCUCAAGGGCCUGGUGGGCUUUUAGCACUUGGUGGAUUUGGGCUUGGAGUUGAAGAUAUGGGCUUUGGUCUUGGUAGGCCCAUUUGGCCAUUUCCUGGAGUUUCACAUAACACUAGUGUUGAUAAUAACAGUAAUGGUGCUGGAGCUAGUAUGUACGGAAGCACGUGGCAGCUUGCUAGUGGUGGAGAGGGAGGCUUUGUUGGAGCUGGAGGAGAAAUUUUUAAUUUCCCAGAUCUUGCUAUUUCUACGCAUGGAAAUGGUAUGAAAUGAUUACAAAUUGGAUUUUGUAACUUUUAGGGGUACUUGUGUCUUUUUUUUUUUUAGAUUUUAUAUGAUCUUUAGCUAUAUGAAAGAAAAUGCCAAAACUUUUUUGUAUAUUUUUAGUUUUCCUUUGCACCUUCUUGGCGUCUGGAGUGUUGGUCUUAGAAUUUAGGACUGCAGUUCCUUCGAUCGAUCAUCAGUUGUAAUUUGAUGGAGAAAGACUAUGAAAUGGUUGUAUUUUGUUUGUUGUUACAAAAAUGUAUGUCCCCAUGUUUACCUCUU